GCGCGGCAGUGGGUGCCCAGAGGCGACAGAUCGGGUGCGCGAGCGCCGCGAGAGCCCGGGAAGGCGAGAGAAGAGGGACGAGGAGAGGCCGAGGCGAAGGGCAGCGACUCGCCAUGGGGCUGGAGGCGGCGCGGGAGCUGGAGUGCGCGGCGCUGGGCGCGCUGCUGCGGGAGCCGCGGGAGGCCGAGCGCACGCUGCUGCUCGACUGCCGCCCCUUCCUGGCCUUCUGCCGGCGCCACGUGCGCGCCGCGCGGCCCGUGCCCUGGAACGCGCUUCUGCGGCGCCGCGCGCGGGGCCCGCCCGCCGCCGCCCUCGCCUGCCUGCUGCCGGAUCGCGCGCUGCGGGCGCGCCUGGCCCGCGGGGAGCUGGCGCGCGCCGUGGUGCUGGACGAGGGCAGCGCCUCGGUGGCAGAACUCCGGCCCGACGGCCCCGCGCACCUGCUGCUCGCCGCGCUGCUGCACGAGACCCGCGCCGGGCCCACCGCCGUGUGCUUCCUGCGAGGAGGCUUCGACCGCUUCCAGGCCUGCUGUCCCGAUCUGUGCUCCGAGUCCUCUGCUCCCGUGCUGGCCCCCGCAGGCACCGAAAACGGCAGCUCCGACCUCAGGGUUCCCAUCUAUGACCAGGGUGGACCGGUGGAGAUCCUGCCCUUCCUGUACCUGGGCAGCUGCAGACACUCCUCUGACCUGCAAGGGCUGCAGGCCUGUGGCAUCACAGCUGUCCUCAACGUCUCUGCCAGCUGCCCCAACCACUUUGAGGGCCUUUUCUGCUACAAGAGCAUCCCUGUGGAGGACAGCCAGAUGGUGGACAUCAGUGCCUGGUUCCCGGAGGCCAUAGGCUUCAUCGACCUGGUGAAGAACUCGGGUGGCCGGGUACUGGUCCACUGCCAGGCGGGCAUCUCCCGCUCUGCCACCAUCUGCCUGGCCUACCUGAUGCAGAGCCGACGGGUGCGGCUGGAUGAAGCCUUUGACUUUGUUAAGCGACGCCGGGGAGUCAUCUCCCCCAACUUCAGUUUCAUGGGGCAGUUGCUGCAGUUUGAGACCCAGGUGCUGUGUCACUGAGGCAGGGAUCCUCUGCCUGCCUCCCCACCAUGCGGGUCCUCACUGACUGUGGACAGGUGGGCUCUUGAUGGCCUAGAGCGUCCCCUCACCUGACCGAGCUGCACCCUCGGGGGUGCCUGGAACUUAGGGAGACUGGCCUUUCCACCUGGUGCUCUUCUGCUGGGAGUUCAAGGGCUGGCCCUUAGGAGGGGACAGAGCAGAGGCCCAUCUGCUCUCUUCUCCACUCCUGUGGCAGAAAUUAACUGACUCUACAUUCAUGGACUCUCUGGUCCCAUCGCCAUGUUGAAACCAUUGGCAACCUGAGAGCCCUAAGGAACAAGCUGUGACAACCAGCAGCCCCGUCUAGGGGUGUCCACCCCUGGGCCUGGAGCCUGAGCCCUGUGCUUCUGGGGGUGCUGGGAACUUGGGAAGUGAGGCGCGUGUCGUGUCCUGGACCUCAGACCUCUUGCUUACGUACGUAUGUACGUGAGCGUUUCUCAGCCGCCUGCGUUGGCGCUGGAAAAUUAUUUGUGUUCAACUGACGUUUAAGGCUCCCUCCCCCACUUCCUCCCAGCCCUGUGGCGGGGGUUGGAAACUUAGCACUUUAUAUUUAUACGGAACAUUGAGGAUGUGUCAAUAAAAUAUCGUUUUGUUUAAAAAAACAGCUCCCCAAGCGUCU